AUGGAGGAAGCCCUUUCCCCGAGUCUCUGCCCUGUCUUCGUCUGUGACUGCCUCACCGUUCCGGUCUGCUUCCCUGCGCUUCUUAUCUUUGGCACCUUCUUCGCCUGCGUGCUCUUCAAUGUGUUUGUGGUGACCGGCGCAUUCGCGCUCUUCAACCCCCUGGUCAUCACGAUGAUUUACUUCGUCGGCCUCUUCCCCUACAUCUUCGUCAUCCAUGGCUUGCGGCGGAACAUUUCCGAGAAGUACCAUCUUCUGGAAGAGUUGAAGUAUUUUGAUCUGGACAAGGCACAGACAAGGAGCGACUUCGACCGCGCUUUCGUCCAUUCGGCGAUAGUGGAGUGGUAUGGCAGCAAGGAGGCGUUUGUGGAGUACGUCCGCGGUCCACUUCGCGAGGAGCUCCUGGCCACUGAAUCAACGGGCCUGCCUCUAGCCUACGCACUGAUGACAAGUAUGAUCCCCUUUUCCGGAGCGAUCGAUGACUUUCUUGCGCUUUGGAGGGGUGGUGCGGAUGUGGAUUGCCUUCUCUCCACCCUCAUUGGCUUCGGCGUUGGCCUGCAAAUCUGCUGGAUUGUGGCAACAAUCAGGGUGGUGUUCUAUCUCGUCGACCGGUGGGCGGAGCCCUGGUGGUCUGGUCGGGCGGACUAUCUGCAGACAGUGCUGCUCUACAUUGCCACGUAUCUUUGGUUCAUGCUCGGAGGCAUCACUGCUCAAUCCGCAUGUCGAGCCGAUCUCUGGCUGGCUGCAGUUUGGUCGAUCGCAGCAUUCUUGGUCGCCUUUUCUUUGUGCGGCGGCUGCUGCUGGAAUGCCCGUGCGCCGCCUGGUGCGGUCACCAACUUUAUGCGAGCCUUUCGUGUGGUGCUCACGCGCCCAAGUGUCCUGGUCCCGUGGGGGUACGAGUGGCACGAAGAGCCUUUUGACGACACGGGCGCCCGUGUCCUGCGCGAGAUCCGGGCGAAGUCGCCUCUGGAUCGCUGGAACGUUUGGCAGACGGUCAUUGGCCGGCCCGACCUCGUGGUACAGCCCGGCGACCGCUUGGUCAAAACAGACGGUCGCUGGGCCUACUACGAACAGGAGGUGUGUCUUGCUGACAGUGAGCAGGCUGCCAACCUUGAGGAGGCCGAGAAACCGGGGCUGGAGAGGCGUCUGGUGCUGGAGUUCAUGCGCCCGUCAGCUCGCCCUGCGGCACCUGUCAGGCCGAGGCUUGAGGUGUGGGACACGCAGUCUGCCCUCGUUGUCUCUUGGGAUCAUCCAAGCGCCUUGGAACCUUACAAGCAGGUCUGGGGAUGGGCGAUUGCCGUCGUGGACAUGGACCAUGAGAUUUGGCUCGUCGUGGACGGCGUGACCUACGCAGCGAGGUCGCUGGCGCUGGAGGGUGCAGAUGUGGCCGUGGCUAAGCCAGACCUCUGCACCAUCUACGUGUCGGAAGGCCUUGCCUAUGGCCGGCCUUAUGCAGCGUGCAUAGCGGUGCUAACCGACCGCGGCUGGUCUGCCUUCUCUGACCUCUCCAGGGCCGUCAGCAUCUCCGCCUCAGCGAAAGUCAGCGACGCUGUGCUGGGCCUUGACCCAGAAGAGGAUGACUGGUCUCAGAGACCUCGCUUUGCCUGCCCAUCCAAGCUCAUUCCUGGCGCCUCGUCGCCCGUGACACUGCGCCCGGGUCCGCGAGACUUGCUUUGCUCGGAGCGCUGGCUGAGGAGGGAGAUCUGUGUGGAUGGCAACGAGGGUCUCGUUGUAGAGCCGGCGGACACCUCCAUGAAGCUGCUGAUGGUAGAGAAGGUGAUCCCCGGCUCUCCUGUGGACGAGUGGAAUUCGAAGCAGGAGCCCUUCGAACUGCAUGGGUUUGAGAUGAGUUAUGCACUUCAGCCGGGAGACGUCAUCAAGAAGGUGAAUGGCUUCCAGGGAGCUCAGGUCAUGCUGUAUGAGAUGCGGCGGAAACCCAAGAAGCUGAUCAUGACUGUGGACCGCCACUGCGGCGGCAACACCAGCUACGAGGAUUCGCCCGAGGCAAAGAUCUUCGAGCUCCACUGCCUGGACGUCGAUGCCUCCAAGGAUGUGGAGGAAUUCGACUGGCAUGUGCUCUACAGCCAAGCUGAGGGCACCCUCUGUGCUCGCAUGGUGGAGCGGGAUGGGGAUGAGCUCCAAAGGGCGCUGGACAUCUUCUCAGAGAUGCUUUCCGACAGCGCCAUUGUGAUGGUGAAUGAGGGCCUGGUCCAGGAAGCAGAUCGCCGAAUCCUCCUGGACUGCCGCAUCAACUCCGUCUUGUUGGCUGACCCUGCCCUCAGCGUGGCGGAGGGAUCUGUCUCGGUUGAUGAGGUCCCCAAGCACAGGGACUCCGUCGUGCCGGAGGAUAUGCCAACGACCAGUGACGAGAUCGCUCUCAUCGAGCUGCGCAAGGCGCUUGCAGAUGCAGCGAUGGACGAAGAUCAGCUGGAACGGGCCAUCGACAACUUUGUGAACUCAUCGAAGGUGGUCCGCCAGUCCAUGGCAGGUCAGGAACUCCUUGACAAAGCGAGUGCUCUGAAGGAGCUCUGGCGCUGGUGGCGCGCCUGUACCGAUGCGCGUGAAGAGCUGCAGAGUGUCCUGGAUUUCAUGCUGGAACAGGAGGCUAGGUAUCAGGACGAGAACGGCGAGUUCAGCAACUUUGGCAUCCAGGAUCCGCCGUACGACCUUGGUCCCUUGGCGGUGCAGCUGGAGAAUUGCCAGGCAUAUCGAUCUCAGAUGGCCAUCAUGAUCGAGGAAGGGUCUAUGGUCUGGGAGAGGCUGCACCAGUCGAAUCUCCGCUUUGCUGCGGAGAAGCGCAUUCGUGCAGCCAUGAAGGAUGAGCGAGAGGACGAUGUGGCUUUGGAUGAGGCCUUGUCAGCUGGCGAGGCUUGCGGAGUGCGCAGCGAAGUCGUCCACGCAGGAAGGGAGAUCGCUGCAAACUGGCGGGCGAACCACUACAAAAUCGCUUUGCACGACGAGCUGUUCCAAGCAGUCAAGGAGCUGCGGAGGCAUGUGGACAACCGCAAGAAGCCCGGCGCAGGUGCGCCUGAGCAGCAGCGUAUGCGUAUCGCUAUUGCUGGAUCCGGCCUGCCACCGGAUAACCCCUUGGUCCUCGAGGCAUGGGGUUUGCUCCGGCAAUGGGAGCAGGACAACGUUGCCCUCAGAGCCGAGGCGCGGCUGUCCAGCGCCGUGGAAAGGGUGCAAGGUGGCUUCAACCCGGAUGCGCCUGAGGCUGGAGACUUGCUGGGCUCCGCCAUCGCGGAGGUGGCUCAGCAAGGCGUCGAUGCCGCUUUCCUCGAUGCUGCGCGGAACUCCUUGGCCAACUGGCAGGAGUCGCGCCUCAAGCGGGCCAGGCAGGAUCUGGAACUUGCCAUGCGCUACCUGGAUGAAGACUACCUGAAGGACUCGCUCGAGUUGGCACGCACCGCUGGCAUCGACGAGGAGAGCAUCGAGCAAGCGACACGGCUGCUCACACGACUUCGUAUGGUGGACGAGGUGAACAAGAUGAUGGACAAGACCAUGGAGGACGCAGCCCUGCCUCCCCUGGAAGCAGCAAUCCAGACGGCCCACAGCCACUUCUUCGUUGAGGAGGAGAUGGACAUGCUCUGGUCCGGGUCGCUGCAGGCGCGUCUGCGGUUUUGGACGGCGGAGGUCCAGGGAGCCGUUCAGGUGCACGAAGCCGCUGGCCUGGACGUGGUGGUGGGCAAGGUGCAGAAGCUCCUGGAGAGGAGCCAGGAAGCCUUGGACCUUUUCAAGUCCAAGACUGGGAACAACAAGGUCCCAGAUGUGGCGAUCCGGACCUUGGAGCGCGACAUGAGAGGUUUACAGCUGGUGCUGCCUGGCGGCCGUGACCUCUCUAAUGUUGCUCUGGCCACCGCCAACAUCGAGCGAGUCUUGGGAGCUGUGGAGCGCUAUGCGGAGGAGCUGCCGGAGGUGAUUGCCGCAGCAGAGGCGCAGGUGCCCAAGGGGCUGAAGGAGGAUCUCGUGGAAGAGGCUAAGGAGUGUCAGAAGGACUAUGCCAGUACAAUCGAAGAGUUGGAGGAUGCCAUCUCGGAUAUUUACAGCUCGGGUGAGGAUCUCAAGGCCGCCCUGAUCCGUGCCCGGCUGGCUGGCGCGCCGAUGCCGCUCAUCGAACGAGGCUUUGCCAAGCUGGAGAAGAAGUUUCCGGAAUGGUUCGGCUACACCAAAACAGAGCUGGAGUUGCUGGUGGCCAAGCAGGAGGCGGACGACAUCCAGGAGCUUUCGGCCGAGGGCCGCUUCCUGCGGCUACAGGAUGCAGCAGAUGCCGCCCGGGUGCUACAACCACGGUUGGAGAAGAGCAUCAUCGAGGAGGUAGAGGACAUUUCCAUGGCUUUGGCGGCCGAGCGCUCUUUUGUUAUGGCAGUGAAAGAAGCGAAGGACAUCCUGGCGGGCAUGCCCAUGUCCCCGGAAGAUGUGUCGCUUUCGACUCUUCGCUUGGGCCACGCCAUCCAGGCUUGCGAGAUGUCUGCGCAGGACGAGGCUAAGAAAGGCAUCCCGGAAGCGGAAGAGCUGCAGGUGCUGUUGGAGGAGGAGGGAGAGAGGCGACAGGAGGUCCUGCAGAACGCUGUGACUAUCUCGGCCGAGCGCGGAAGGAGCCUGCGCGACCUGCAUGUGGCGAUUACCGCCGCCAGGGAGGCUAGCGUGACGCCCGAGUUCCUGGCAGAGCCCUAUGCGCGACUCAGGAAGAAGAAGCUCGACUUUGUGACCUCCGCUUUGAGGAAUGCAUGCGCCACCGGCAAGUAUUCCCUGGCUUUUGCGCUCUACCACCGAGGCCUGGCAUUGAAGGCUUUCGAGGAGCGCAACGGCGGCGAGUGGCGGAGUGGCGCCAUCCAGGCGGAGAUCAAACGCCUCCGGGCGGACAUAUCAACCAUCCAUGGAGAGUUUGUCAUCGAGACCUCCGGCGGUGCCUUCGGCACCAGCACGUGGCGAAAGAACCCUUGCUACCUCAUCCGCCAUGCGAAGAUGGAGUUCCCGGCACCCGGACUGGAGCGCCAAGCCAGCAAAAAAGCCGACAAGAAAGCCGGUUCCAAGAGUUCGGUGGGCGGCGUUCGAGUGUCAGUGGCCCUGGCCGAGGCGAGUGUCAGCCCUGCCACCAUGGCUGUGCACGUCGUGCGGAACAACAAGGAGGUGCACGAGGCGGGUGCAGGGUAUAUGCUGAUGCCUGGCUACGAGGUCCUCGCCUCCUCGCAUGAAGACGAUGACAUUCCCAACUGCGAGUUCGACCUCCCGCCCUCCUCACAACCACUCUUCAUCGUGCCCUCUGCUGCGAAGGGUGAGGUGGGCCCAUUUACCCUCAUCGUCAACGCCACAGAGGCUGUGGACGUGAUCAGGAUCCCGCCGGCAAACUGCGAGCCCCAGCGCUUCCAGGAGAGUUUCGAGGUCAAGUGGCUCCAGGAGCGGCCACAUCAAGUCUGCAUGGGCGGCGGUCGGUUCCGCAACCGCGCGCCUAUGGUCUCAUGGUAUCGAAAUCCACAGUUCCGGGUGAAGCUGAAGGGGCCGCCUGAGGAGCCGGCCCCAUCCGAGCAGCGCUCCGCACUGACACUGCCCGCAUCCGACCCGUUCCGCAGCAGGACGCCCCCGGCCAGGGCCCGGCCGGAGGGCAUGGGUGCCCUGGUGCCGGCAGCCCGCCCGAACACUGCGCCCACGACGCCCGCGAGCCCGGAGAAGCUGGACCUGAAGAAACUCCGCGCGAUUUUCGACAGCACUGAUGCGCAGCGAAAUGGCAUGGUCAACAAACGAGAGCUGAUCAAAGCGAUUCGCCGCGACAGCAGGAUGGCGGAGUUCUUCGGCCUGCCCACAGAGAUCCGCCAGGAGGAUGGAUCCCGCGACCAGAUGGAGGCAUUGUUCCAGGCCAUGGACAGCGACUCGGAUCGCGAGAUCACUUGGGACGAGUUCUUGGCUUUUCAGGCAUCCCUGCAUUUACGGAAGUCGGCGUGGUCUGAGGAUGCGUCAGAGGUGAACGUGUCUAAGUCUGAAGUGGACUUCAGCAGCCUGGAUGCCACUACGCCUCCACUGCUGGUGGUUGCCAUGACGCCUCAUGGACGACCAAAGGCCGGGCCAGCAGCUGUGCACAUCCUGCGGAAUGUCGAGGGGAAGGGCGAGGAUGGGCUGCUGGCCGAGAACCCCAGCCACCACAACGUCCUGGCCCAGAGUGGCCUGCGCCACACUGGCCGCGAGUACUCCAGUGCCAGCGAGGUGGGCGCAGUUCUACGAGUGCCACAAGACAGACCGGAUGAACCUUUCAUCGUUGUGCCGUCUCUCAAAUCCACAAACCACCAGGGCCGAUUCACGAUCACCUUCAUGUCCACGCAGGUGCCCAGCAGCUUGCAACUUCGACCGCGGUAUGAUGCUCAAGUGAUAUCGUCGGCUGCUUCCGUGACAGAGCGUGGUGAUUCCUUCCAGUGUGCUAUCGCAAAGCGCUUCCAGGACUGCGCUCAACCAUGGGCAGCAGUGGAGGCUUGGCGCUAUGCGGUGGCGAAUCUUCUGGCUGCAGAGAGUUUCGCCAGAGGUCGUCUCAAGCAUGUGGAAAGCAUAGCCAAGAGGACAGCAGCUGCCAUCGGUCGGUUCUUUGCCACGCCCGAUACGGACAGCUUCUCCAAGGCUGCGGAAGAGGUUUCGCAGCUGAUCAGGCAGCUGUCAGUCGAUGCACAUCGGUUGCUUGCUGCCCACCCCCUGCUGGACCAGCCUGAGGCAGCCGGGCUUGGGGUUCCGUUUCCCAUGGCAGUCGUCACCAUACCCAAAGAGGCACAGGCAGCGACGCUCCAGUUGAAGGGUGGUGCAGCUAUGCCGCUGCUUGCGCUCGCCAUCUCUGGACAUGGCAGACCUUCAUUGUCCACGAUCGCACAGGCGUUGAAGCUGGGAGUCCGGCACCUCCAGGUGUCGCCAUCAGUCGCUGAAGUUGCAGGCGCGACCGACAUCGUUGAGGACAGGCAAUUCAGAGCAGUGGUGUGCGCGCAGCCGACUUGUUUGUUUCCGUGCUGUGGGAAGGAUGGCUCAACUCUGCUGCCCAGCUUGAUUCAGUGGCAGCAAAGUUGGGGAAGCCGGUGGACAUGCUCAUACUGGCAAAGGAGGGUGCAGCAUCAACGCGACAGUGGCGGCACCUGGAGAGGUUGA